AUGGUGUCGAAAAACGCAUCCUCAGACGCUACGGUAGCCGAAACUAUCGAAAUUUUGCGUUACGAUGAUCGCUACCGCGAGCAAUCGAUGGAAGUGCUUCGGAAGUCGUUCUUCCCCAACGAAAUGGUGUGCAUCGGAGCAGAAGUUGACCUUACGCCACAGGCACAGGAGGACCUUGAACAGUUAUGCCUCGAAGUGGCCGAAGGCGGAGUGUCAGUGAUUGCGAAACACGUUCCAACCGGCACGAUCGUAGGAGUUUCUUUCAAUGUGCUGCAGACUCCGAGUGGACCGGACGACAACAACUACUUCGAGCAGUUUCGCGACACCAAAUGCACCACGGACAGCUCCCGUGCGCUGAUGCAAUACAUGAUCACGAUGGACGCGAAGGUGAACCUGUUCGAUCAGUUCAACGUACCCUGUCUGCUAGAGAUCAUGUUCCUGGCCACCUUGCCGGACUAUGAGGGACAAGGAAUCGGUACCCGUCUGGUCGAACGAUCCGUGCGACUUGCCGAGGAGUUGAAAAACGGAACGGCCACACCAACUUCGAAUGGUGCAGCGGGAGCUUUCAGUCGUCCGCAGCUCGUGUCGGCGCUGUUUACAUCGCGAAUCUCGCAGCGUGUGGGUCAGAAGAUGGGUUUCAAGGUCAUAAACCAAGUGCCGCAUUCUGAGUUUGUGUACAAAGAUAAAACCUUCUCCGAUCGGAUUGGUCCCGAACAUCCCUUUUCAACACUGGUUGUGAAGCAAAUAUGAAUAAAAAGUUGAUGUUAUCCAGGUAUAUGGUGGAACCGGUAU